GGUAGAGAUACAAUUCAUAACGAAUCCGUGUUUAAAAUGUGCCGGUCGUGUUUUGAUUCGAUUACUUUUUAGUAAAGUGUUUAAAGGAAAUUAUAUUACUGAUAAGUACCUAACUCGUGUGUAUUGAAUGAUAACGUGUGUAAAUACGAGAUAAAGGGAACGGACGGACUGUUUCGAGCUGAGAGUGUCGUUUGAAACCAUUAUUACGCCUUGGGAUCCAAAUUGUAAUAGAUUGUAUUGCAAAACCUAGGUACCGAAUCGAGAACCUCCUUUUUGGAAGUCGGUGAAUAAAGUUGGUGAUGAUUGAUGACUAAACAAAUAUUUUCGCUGAAAGUGACGCAAAUAGUGAAGAAUUUUAUAUUUAAAAGUGGCUAUAAUGGAAUGAAGAGUUGACGAAAAAGUGACCAAACAUAAAAAAAAAAUUGAACCACUUUUUGAUAAGUACGGGACAAAGAUAGAAUUAUAACACUGAAGAUAUUCAUUAGCGGAUGAAGAACUCCUUUCUUUUUGAAAGUUGGUUAAAGUGACGAAAUAAGUAAAUUCAACCAAGUGAAUACGUGAGAUAAUACCUAUCUAUUGCAACGUGACACUAAACUGAUGAAAAAUGGAAGCCUCAACGGCAAAAGUGAUAUCCAUUAUAGCAUUAGGACUAGGAAGUUUUGUCACGGGUAUGGCACCAGCAUGCAUUUCCCAUAGUGCAAGACAAAGGCAUCCUUUAUUCAUAUCUUGUCUACUUUGCUUCGGCGGUGGAGUUUUACUAGCCACCUCUUUAACUCACAUGCUACCAGAAGCUCGAGAGAAACUCCCACAGUAUACAGAACUUUUAUUAUGUGCUGGAUUCUUUCUUGUCUACAUCGUCGAUGAAAUCGUACAUAUCUUCAAUGGGACGAAUGAGCACCCUCAAAGCCCUGUGGUUCAAAGGAAUUAUGGCACUGUAGAACAGAGUUUGUUGGAACGGAGGAGUAAUGAUGAUGAGAUGAGGGACAAAUGCUGUGGCGAUGCAGGGAGUCCGACGAUGUGUCAUAUCAGCCACACGGAGCCGUGUAAUAAGAGUUCUUCUGGUGUCAUCGGGUUGUUGUGUGCUUUGUUCGUUCAUAGCCUUUUGGAAGGAUUGGCGAUUGGAUUGCAGGAAACUGCUUCUCAGGUCCUUCUUUUGCUAGGCGCGGUAGCAAGUCACAAGUACGUGGUAGGAUUCUGCCUGGGCGCUGAGCUGUGCGCCAGCGCGCCGGGGCGGCUGUGUGCGCACAUCGUGUGUGUGGCGCUGUUCAGCGGCGGAUCCGUCGCCGGCAUCGCUGUAGGCGCUGUUCUGGACAACGUCAACGUUCUGAAGGACUCCGUCGCUGUGCCUAUCAUGCAGGCGCUCGCGGCGGGUACGCUUCUGUACGUCACGGUGAGCGAAGUGUUACCGCGCGAGCGAGCGCGCUGGCAUGAGCGGAAGCACGGAGCGGGCAUGGUGCAGUUCAUUGCUGUUGCUGUCGGAUUCGCUAUUAUGUACUUAUUGACUAUGUAUCUUGAUCAUGAUGCCGAGUAAUAAAAUAUAUAACGCUGUGUUACUUUAAUUGUAUUUUGUAAGAUAUUAUCAAGACAGUACUUAUAAUCUUAAAACUAUAGGUAAUUCCCUAAGAACAUUAAAUUAAGUUUCGUACUUACCUUAUCAGAUAUUAUUCUAUGUUGUAAAAUAGGCUACUGUUAUUGUUAAGAUUUUUGAUAAUAAAACAAUUUUCGAUUUCA